UGUUGUGGGUUUUUAUAUUUAAAAAAAACAUUUUUGUUUUUCUAUCCCUCGACGUACGGCGCCUUUUGUUUCGUAUUUUUCCGCUUGGAAGCACGGCGAAGGGAGGCCCAGAUGUGUGAGGCCGGCACGUAAAAGCAGCAGCAGCAGCAAUGGCUUGUGCUCUCUUUGAACCUCUAAAGGAGGACUCGAGUUUCAGAUGGGAGGAGCCGCUACUCGAAGGAUAUGGCUCCGCCAAAGGCAAGGGGAAGAUGGUCAAUUUCCACUGCGGAUGUCCAUCAGUCGAUGAAAGGCAAAAGGUUCUUAUGCACGGCUGACGGCAGCUGUGAUGAAGCGUUCGACAGCAUAGAACUCCUCAUGGGGCAUAUGCGGGUUCACCAUCGGCCCACGCGGUUUUUCAGGUGCGAAAAGUGCGAGCAGAAGUUCAACACAAACCGCUCUCUCUUCAAGCACCUGCAUGUGUGCCUCAACCACGACGAGCCGGGUUCAGUGUUCGGGAGACGCAGCACGCGUGCCACGACCGGAACAACUGCCGCCCCUCCCGCCAGCAUUCUGGCCGCCCCCGCCAGCGUAAUGGCGGCCCUCCCCGUCGCUGCGGCCGCCGCUGGCGCGGACGUCGCGGCUGUCCCUUGUGGUGCCGAGGGCAACCCUCUCAGUACCACGAUCGACCCCUCCGCCGACAUCACGGCCACUGCCGCCGACGUCGCGACCGCCUCGCCUGUCGCCGAUACCGCCGCCGCUCCUGUCGCGGCCGCCCCUCGCAGGUGCCGUGGCCGCCCUUCCUUCUGACGUGACGGUCGCCCCCCCUGACGCGGCAUCAGAGGAGAGGCGAGCGGUGGAUAAGAUGCCUGAACUGACGUGCGAGCGCGCCGGUGCCCCGCCGACUCUACCGCCGCCGCCGCCGCCACCACCGUCGCCGCCGCUGGGACUCCCUAGCGGCCUUCCGAUGCCAAAGCUGAAAUCCAACGAGCAACACGAGAUGCCGCACCUGAAGCUAGGCCCCGGUCGCGCGUCCAACGCCAGUCGCAAGCGUAAACGGCGCAUUGGCCGCCGGGGCGGCACAGUCGAAGCGCCGGCGGAGGAAGCGCCAUCGCCGGUGGCCGUGCUGCUACGGCCGGAGGCGAGUGCCGCCCCCACGCUGAAACGUGUGCUGCCGAGUGAGGACGCCAUGGAGAACUCGCAGAGACCGGCGUUGGCCGUGUCGGAUGGGAGCACGGAGGGCGCCAGUGCCGUUCGGCACCUUGCUCCACCGCGCCUGAGCCACAGCAGCGAUGAAAGCGGAGAAGACGGCGCCCCGGCGCGGACCAGCCUGUCUAAGCGCAAGAGUAAGAAAGUUGGCGGCAAUGCCAGCAAAUCGACCGUGACUACGGCUGGCUCUGUUGCCCGUCCUCCGGCUCCGCCCCAUGGAGGUGAGGAGAGCGGCGAUGACGGUGUGAUCACCGCGGUUUCAAAAGUUGGAAAGAAGAAGGGGGCGGGGCGAAUGGGUGACCUGAUUUUGCCUGCCGGUGCCCCGCAUCUCUACUCCUCCUGUCGGCCGAGCCUCGGAGAAGCGGAGAGCGGCAUGGGCGUGGCGGCUCGAACCAGCGCUCCCAAAGGGAAGAAAAAAGCUACCUCGGCUCACCCCGACACGAGGAGCACUGCCCACGGUGGCGGGGCGGACGGUGGCGACGGCGGGUCGGCCCAGGCGGGACCGCCGAAGCGACGAAGGAAGGCAGUCGGCCGAGGCAGCGAGACGCGGAGUCGGGUGGUGGCGGCGGGGAAAGGGGCGGGGAAAGCGUCGACAAAGACGCUGUUGCUCAAGUUGAGGACGGACAGGGCGGCCGGGGAGGAAACGCGGUGGAUCCGAGAAGAAGAAGCUCGCGGCGGCGACGGAUCCUCCUGCCCUGGCCCCGCUUUACCGCCACUGUUGGCGUCGCAGGAGCGGGGGGCGGCGGCGGUGGCGCGAGACGACGCCAGCGACAGAGGCUGCGGGGCCUUGGCUAUGGCCUCGGGCGACACGGGAGCCAGCGGGACGGAGUCGCCGGUGGCAGACUGUGAUGACAGGACACCCCCUCCUCCAGCAUCUUCACCGCCGCCGCCACCACCGCCGCCGGUGAGAGGGAGGAAGGGGAAGGCGGUGGCACCGGUGAUGGGGGGGAGCGGUGGCGCGUCUGAAAUCCGCGCCGGCGUGGAGGCGGAGGCGCCGGCGCCGGCCUUGGCGUCGGAGCAGGAUGAGACGCCACUGACGCCGAGAGUAGCGAGCCUCCUGCCGCCGGCGCAUCACAGCCACCCGGGCUGGCAGGCGGGCUCCGCUCGCUGGAAGGCGGCGGGCCUGUCCAGUAAGCGCCGGGUGUCGUGGCAACACACGCGUGGCCUCUACACGUGCACCAACUGCUCCUUCAGCAGCCUGUGCCGCCAGGAGGCGACGCGCCACGUCUACGAGCACAGCCGCUAGCGCCCGACGCGUCAACAGCGGAACUCAAUUCGUACCUUGGGACAAGACUACUGGGCAUUAGAUGCUGUCAUCAAAAAUGGUUCCUUCACACGACAGAUCGCCUCUCACCAAACGCCUCGAAAGUACAACUUUCAUUCUCACUUCUCCAUUCGGAGGAUCGUAACCUUAUCGUGGUGGUGGGGUUUGUGGGUUCCAAGGACCCUCGGAGCUAUGUCACCUGGAGUCUUAUACUCCUGGUAGGGUUUUCGCGAACAGAUCUUGGGGGAGGUUCCAGACAUAACGGUCCAAAAUACAAAAAUCAGAGAAUCGUGCCGGAACAACAGAUAACGGGAUACACCGCUGGAGCUAGGCCUGGGGGUGGUAUUCGCCCGGAAGCACCUGGUGGCCAGGUGACCCAUGUAGCCUGGUCAGGCCCAGCCCAAAAUAGCUAUGUGGUGUUGUCCUGUGGGCCCACCAUCCGCAUGACGAAGGGUCAGGGGCGGGUGCGAUGCCAGUAUAGCAGGGAGAGGGAUGGUCUCGGACGGACUAGACCUUGGCGAUGGACGCUGACUAUUGGGACGUGGAAUGUCACUGGGGGGGGAGGAUCCAGAGCUACCAUUGGAACCUCAUUUGCCAGUAAAAAAUAUGAUAAUUGGUUUUUUACCCUUCUAUCUGGCAACAAAACUGACGCCUUUUGGCGUCAUCUGGUCCAACACCAUGUGAGACUAGGCUCUAAGGAAAGCUGUCUCGGGUGUGGACCAAUCAACUUCAAGGACAGUGCACAUUAUCAGAGUUAUGUUUUUUGUUUGCAUUAUGACUGCAGGUAUUGCGGUCCAUGCAAACAUGACUCCUUGUAAAAAAAGGUGUCAGUUUUGUUGCCAGAUAGAAGGGUAAAAAACCAAGUAUCGAUCCAGAGCUAGUUGAGGGGGUGGUCUCCUAUUCCGGAGUAACCCCUGGUGAGAGGCCCUGGAUGGGUGUGGGGAUACUCAGAAGCCCCCAGCUGGGUGCUGUUCAGCUGGAGUUUGUCCUAGUGGAUGAGAAUGUCACCUCAAUGAGACUUUGGGUCUCAGAAAAAAAACUCUUGAUUGUUGUCUGUGCGUAUGCACCAAACAGCAAUUCAGAGUAUUCAACCUUGGAGAUGGUGGGUCGAGUGCUCGACAGAGUGCCGCCUACCGACUCCAUAGUUUUACGAGGCGACUUCAAUGCUCACGUGGGAAAGAUGUAGAUACCUGGAGAGGCGUGAUUGGAAGGAAUGGGCCCCCCCCCCUGAUCAGAACCCAAACGGUGAAAUGUUAUCGGAAUUCUGUACUAGUCACGGAAUGUCAAUAACAAAACACCAUGUUCGAACACAAGGAUGCUCAAAAGUAUACUUGGUAUCGGAACACCUUGGGCCAAAGGUCAAUGAUUGACUUUCUAGUUGUAUCAUCGGACCUAAGGCCGUAUGUUCUGGUCACUUGGGUGAAGAGAGGGGCAGAGCUGUUAACUGUUCACCACCUGGUGGUAAGUUGGAGCCGACGCUUGGGGCACAGACCAGAUAGAUGUGGAAGGCCCAAGUGAAUACUGCGAGUUUUCCAGGUAUGUCUUGGCGGAAGACCCAGUGCAGAAAAAUUUCAACUUCCACCUCCGGGAAAACUUCUCCUGCGCUCCAGGGAAGGUUGUGGACGCUGAGUCCAAGUGAACGAUGUUCAGGACCUCGAUUGUGGAUGCAGCUGUGAAAAGCUGUGGUGUGAAAAGAUGUGGUCUGAAGGCAGUUGGUGCCUCUCAUGGCGGAAACCCUAGGACAUGCUGGUGGACACCAGUGGUGAGGGAAGCUGUCAAGUUGGAGGAGGCUUUCUGAGCCAGACUCAGAAAAAGGUCUUCCGACUCGAUUGAGAGGUACUGGCCAAGAGCGCGGCAGGAGUCACUGAAGCGAAAGCCCGGGCGUAGGAGGAGUUUGGAGAGGACAUGGAGAGGGACUAUCGGGCAUUCUCAAAGAUAUUCUGGUAAACCAACCGACGCCUUAGGAGUGGUCGACGGGACGUGGCCCAGGCUGUUUUCAGUAAGGGUGGCGUAACAUUGACCUCAACUAGGGAGAUUGUUGAGAGGUGGAAGGAACACUUUGAUGAGCUCCUUAACCCAGUGGACAUGCCCUCCUUUCAGGAGGCAGCCCUGUAAACAGCUGGGGGGUGUCGGAUCCAUCACUGUUGCUGAAGUCGCUGUGGCGGUCGAAGGCCUUCGUAGCGGCAAAGCUGCUGGGGUGCACGAGAUUCGCCCAGAAUUGUUGAAAGCGCUGGACAGUGUAGGAGUGUUGUGGUUAACACGCCUCUUCAAUGGUAUAGUACCCUCUGGACUGGCAAACUGGGGUCGUGGUUGCCAUUUUAAAAAAGGGGAACCAGAGGAUUUGCUCCAACUACAGAGGAAUCACACUCCUCAGCGUCCCAGGUAAAGCCUACGCCAGAGUGCUGGAGAAGAGGCUCCACCCGGUGGUCAAGUCUCAGAUUCGGGAGGAACAAUGCAGAUUCCGUCAUGGUCGUGGAACAAUGGACCAGCUCUUUUCCCUCUUACAGAUAUUUGAGUAUUCAUGGGAAUAUGCUUCUCCACUCUACCUCUGCUUUGUAGAUUUGGAAAAAGCAGAUGACCAUGUUCCCCGCAAUGUCUUGUGGGAGGUGCUGCGGGAGUAUGAUGUACCGGUGCCGCUUUUGUGCGCUAUCUGGUCUCUGUAUUCCCGGAGUGAGAGCUGUGUUCGUAUUUUGGUGUCCAGUUACGGGGGCAUGGAGGUGGCAUCGCUGCUUUUUGCAGAUGACGUCCUCUUUUGCUGCCAAGUGCGUGGAGGCUGGGAUGACGAUCAGCACCUCCAAAUCUGGAUUGAUUUCUCCAGGUGAGAGGGGAACAGCUGCCCUUAGUGGAGGUGUUUGAGUACCUCGGGGUCUCUUUCGUGAGUGAUGGUAAGUGGGAGUGGGAGAUCGGCCGGCGGAUCGGUGCGGCGUCCGCAGUGUUGCGGGCACUGUACCGUUCCGUGGUAGUGAAGCGUGAGCUGAGUUCUCGAACGAAGCUUCGGUUUACAGGUCGAUCUACAUUUCCACCCUCGCCUCGGGUCAUGAGCUUUAGGUAAUGACCAAAAGGAUGAGAUCACGGGGGGGUACAAGGGGCCAAACUGAGGUAUCUCCGCUGGGUUGCCGGGCUCACUCCGUGAUCGGAUGAGGAGCUUGGCCAUCCGGGAGAGCUUCACAGUUGAGCCGCUGCUUCUCCGCAUUGAGAGGAACCAGUUGAGGUGGUGUGGACACCUGGUAAGGAUGCCCACCCCCCCGGUAGACUCCCCCUGAAACUCUACCGGGCAUGUCUGGGCGAAGACCCCGGGGCCAGCUCAGGACACGCUGGCGAGACUAUGUCGCUCGACUGGCCUGGGAAUGCCUGGGAAUUCCCCAGACAGAGUUGGAGUCUGGCACCAGGGAAAGGGAGAUCCGGACCGUCCUACUCAACAUGCUGCCGCCCACGACCCUGACCAGGACAAGCGGAUUGAGAAAUGAACGAACGUCUCCAUUAACAAGAGAGUCAAGUGAACGGGGCAGUGACUGCGCGCGAUGGAUCGUCUUGCAACUGUAGGCGCUCCUGCGCCAACUCAGAACAGCUCCGUAAUACAUUUGGGUGUAAACGUCACAAAAGCAUGAAAUAUUUCAUCGCUAGUUUUAAACUCGUACAAAAUUAAGUGUUGCGGCCAAACAUGCCCGGAAAUAUUUGUUGUACUUUCAUCCUUUUUGCUUGCGAACACCAAAAGUUAAAAGGACAACUAGAAAUUAAAAGGUGAAGCAGGAGAGCUGGCUCGACUGCUUGGGGCUGGUUAGCCAGUUGGGGUUAGUGGUAGGGUUAGAAUCUGGUUGGCUAGUUUGGUUAGGGUUAGUGUUUAGCUUUUGUGGUUAGGGAUAAUCAGGUGUAGGGUUGAUGUGGGCUUUUUAAGAUCAGGGGUCAGGCUCUAGGGUCUGGUGGGCUAGUGUGGUUGUGGGUAGUGCUAGGGUCUGAUUGCCUAGUCAAUUGUACAUCUGUUUUACCAUCACUGAGUGACUAAAGUUGAUCAUUUUUUCCUUUUUUUUACUGUACAACUUUCCCGUGUGGAAUGCUUGGAAAGUUGCACAAAUUUGGCAACCUCAUUAAGAGUCAACAUUUGUAAAACCAUCCGAAUAAUGUUAUCUGGUGCUAUAUUACGAGUAAUUAUAUGUUUGCAAUAUUAAUUAUUCAUGGCAUAAGGUGGUGGUUUGACCAUGGACUGUACAGGAAAAUGAUUGCACCAUCACCACCUUCCCAGCAUGGAUGAAAAAGUCGUAUUGUCUUAGUACGUCCCAACACCACGGUAAUUUACGAGAAUUACUCUAAUCAAGCAUGGACAAUUUAUUUGUCUCUCAAUCACAGCUGUAAUUGGCUGACGGUGUACGUUGUUGAGUUGAAAGCCACUCCGUUCGGUUACUAUUGAUUGGCCACAUCUAUAAAGUGUCAAAAAAUGUUACGUCCGAAAACCGUGGAACUGCCCAUGGGAAAAUUUGACCUGUGCUUUGUGCCCACCUGAGUGGACAGAAAUCGGUGAAAUGGCUCGGCAGUGGGGGAAAACUGCUCGCAGGCAGAGCAAAUCAGCCACCUCGACACAAGCCCAACCCUAACAAACGAGCCAACCAGCCGCUUGGCAUUAACUCUGUCCCUGACCCGAUCCCUAACACCGCAAUGCUCUAUAAAACAUUUUCGCUGUGCUCACGGUUCCCCCCAUUGAAUGCCUCGUGGUGAUUGGCCCUCUCCAGUGUCGGUGGUAACAGUGGACGGUAGUUUGAGUCAUCGUUAUCAUGGUUCCCAUUCUGUUAGGAGUGUAUCGUACGCAUCUGUUCAUCGGUUACAAUCUACUCUCACGCAAUUAAA